UUUCUUUAAGUAUAAAAUAAAAUAAAGGCCAUGUACGCCAUUCCUUUGCUUCCUUCUUUUGUACUACGAAUCACCAAGCCAAAAAGAACACGACUUCACCGGCAGAAGCUUCAAAUCAGAGCCAUGCGAGCUGUAGUUCAACGAGUCACCUCCGCCAGCGUCGAGGCCGAUGGGCGAAUUGUGUCAGAAAUCGGGCCGGGUCUGCUUGUCCUCGUUGGACUCCACGAGUCUGACACUGACUCCGAUGCUGAUUACAUUUGCCGCAAAGUUUUGAACAUGAGGUUGUUUCCUAAUGAAAAUACAGGCAAAGGAUGGGACUUUAAUGUUAUGCAGAAGAAUUAUGAAGUUUUACUGGUGAGUCAGUUUACAUUGUAUGGAAUUUUGAAGGGUAACAAGCCUGAUUUUCACGUUGCAAUGCCACCCCAGAAAGCUAGACCGUUCUAUGAUUCUUUAGUUGAAAAAUUCCGGAAAACUUACAACGUUGAUGCAGUGAAAGAUGGUGUCUUUGGAGCAAUGAUGAAGGUAAAUCUGGUUAAUGAUGGGCCAGUCACAAUGCAGCUUGAUUCAUCACUGUCUUCCAAGAAUAGAAACGAAGCAGAAGGGGAAUAAUGAUUUUGUCAACUGCCUUGGAUAGAUUGGUUUCAGAAAAUGAACCUGUUCUCUUCUUAUACAACUACAAUAAAUAACUUAUAAUGUAGCCUGGUCGGUUGUAAAACAUUGUUGUAUUAGUUAAAGUGAAAUAUUGGAUUGAAGUUGUUAGAGGUUUGCAUCAGCCAUUUUCGGUUGACUAUAUACCUCAUGCAAUUGAUGCCACCUUGGCUUUAUGAUAAUGCUUAUGAAGAACCAUAUUGCCUUGUUGGUAAUUAAUCAUUUUAAAGGUCAGUUAUAACCAA